AAUGCGCCGGAAGUCACUCUGACAGUGUUUCAUUUCACAGGCUGCUCGCACCACCAGAUCCUCCACGCUGGACAAAGACACUCACAGCAGACAGAGACGUCUACUUUACGCUAUUUUACUGUAACUAGAUAGAUGUUAUAAAUCACAAUUCAUCUAAAUAAAGUAGACCCUCGCACAGGAGUGAGAUAUAGUGACACAUCAGUGAUUGCUAGCCGUGUUAGCUGGCGUGCUAGUCACUUCGCCUGGCGUCACUUCCUACUUUUGAAAAUCGCGGCCAGAAAGAAACGAAGCAGAGAUGGAGCUACAAGUGGGAUCUGAACCAAUGACCCUCGGAUCUCCUACUUCUCCCAAGCCGACCCCUGGAGCUCAAUUCCUUCCUGGCUUUCUCAUGGGAGACCUACCUGCUCCGGUUACCCCCCAGCCACGCCCCUUCAGCCUGACGGCCCCCCUCAUGGAGAGCACAGGAGGUGGAGGAGGCUCUGCCCCACAGCCCGUUGUCCCCACCCCUAAGGACAAGAGUGGAGCCCCACCUGUUCGCAGUAUACAUGACGACUUGGUAUCUGUGGCGUCGCCCCUUCACACACACAGGCAGUCGUUUCCUGUGAUGCAGUCUCCUCUGUCGGCACGCGGGGCUGUGUCUCCAGGUGUGCAGCAGCUGUGCAUGUCUCCAGCUCAGGUGGAUCCCUUCUACAGUCAGGGAGAGUCUCUGUCCUCUGACGAUCAGCUGGACCAGACCUGGGUCACAGUGUUCGGUUUUCCUCCAGCCUCGGCCUCCUACAUCCUGCUGCAGUUUGCUCAGUACGGAAACAUCCUCAAACACACGAUGGCGUCUCCUGGUAACUGGAUGCACCUUCAGUAUCAGUCCAGACUCCAGGCCAGGAAAGCUCUGUCUAAAGAUGGGAAAGUGUUCGGAGACGCCAUCAUGGUGGGGGUCAAACCCUGCAUCGACAAGGGUGUGAUGGACAGCAGUGUCGCCGUCUCUACUCCCCUCUCCACAUCCUUCUCUUCCACCGUCCUCCCCUCCACUCCUCGCUCCGCCAUCAGACCACUCAGUGCGGCCUACAGGAGCUCCAGCAGCGACUACCAGGUGGUAGCAGACAGACAGACGCCCAGAAAGGACGACAGUUUUGUCUCGAAGGCAAUGGAGUACAUGUUUGGAUGGUGACAUUACACAAAGCAUCAUGGGAAACCUGCAGCAUCAGAGGAGAGAGGAGAAUCUUUGGACAAAUGGAUGAACUGAUUCACUACAUGGUGUUUGAGAGAGAAAGAGAGUGUGUGUGUGUGUGUGUGUGUGUGUGUGCUGAGGUGAAAGAUUUUUCUGUCUCUUCUUUUAU